GAAGAAUCUAAAUAGAGCGGUGAUUCCCGUUCCAUUGCAUUCAAGAAACCACCACGUCGUUCCCCUCGCCCCAAAAACUCACAAAUCACAGUACCAAACAACCAAAGACAUAUUCUUUCCGAUCAUCAAUGGCUGAUUCUAAGCCAGUGGAGGUCUGUGUAAAAGCUGCUGCUGGUGUCCCUGACAUUCUUGGAGACUGCCCAUUUUGCCAUAGGAUACUUUUGACCCUGGAGGUAAAGAAAGUACCUUACAAGUUGCACCUAAUCAACACUGAUGACAAGCCACAAUGGUUCUUGGCUGUGAACCCAGAAGGGAAGGUGCCAGUGAUCAAAUUUGAUGACAAAUGGAUUUCUGACUCUGAUGUGAUAGUUGGGAUGAUUGAAGAGAAAUACUCAGAACCCCCUCUAUCUGCUCCUCCUGAAGCCUCCUCUGUGGCUUCAAAGAUAUUCCCUGCUUUUGUCAAGUUUCUAAAGAGCAAGGAUCCCAAUGAUGGGACAGAGCAAGCUCUACUAGAAGAACUAAAGGCAUUAGAUGAACACCUCAAAGCUCAUGGACCAUAUAUCAAUGGCGAAAAGAUAUCUGCUGUUGAUUUGAGUUUGGCACCUAAACUGUACCAUCUUGAAACAACUCUUGACCAUUUCAAGGGCUGGAAAAUCCCUGAAAACUUGGCUCAUUUACAUAACUACAUAAAGCUGGUUUUUUCUUGGGAGACUUUUGACAAAACCAAGGCUGCAAAAGAACAUGUGAUUGCUGGAUGGAAGCCAAAGGUUGAGGCGUGAAGCUGUUCUAAAUUACGACAACUACAAAGCUCCUAUCUAUUCUGUGACAAGACAUGCUAUAAUUGUUGGUACUUUUUUUGUUUUUUUGUUUUUGGAGGUGUGGGGAGAGAGAGAGGGGGUUGAAAAAGGCGGAUGCUAUGUCUAUGUUUUCUUGUGGUUCGUACUAAUACCAGAAACGUGGAGAAGAUGCAGAAACAGGAGCAUAUUUGUAGCUGUCCUUUUACAAAUUUGCCGACAAUUUUAUCUUCUCUGCACAUAUGCAUGUGUAUGGUUAUCGUGAUGUUUUGGGGUCAUUUUCUCUUUUUAAUGUAAGGGAUGUGUGUGACAAUGAGAGAAGAUGGGAGGGGAGAAUCAAGACUUUCGUUAUGGGACGAGGAACGCAAAAUCCUAAGCCAUAUUUUCCAUCCCACGGUUGUCAGAGGAGUCUUUAUUUAUUAUUAUUUCUUUUUAAUAAAGAGAACCGGCUCAUGCCCGAGUACACAUGAA